AUGGGCAAAGUCAUAAGCAUGGUGUGGAUAAUGAUGGUACUAGCGGUAAUUGUGAUAGGAGGCGAAGCAAAAACGGAAAUAGAGUGCAGUGUGAUUUGUCGAAGCCAUUGCAGUCGCGCGUCACCAGCGUCAGAAUGCGCGGCUUGUCAUCAGAAAUGUUACCAAUCUCCACCGGCUACAGUGAGAGCCUCCAACCGCCACGUCAUUGGUUCGGAUUAA